UUUGUGGCGCCAGCUCAGAUGUCUGAGAAGAAAAAGAAUGAAGACAAUGGGACAAGCAGUUCGCUAAGUAAAGCAAGCAAAGAUACUUCCUAUAAGCGGCAAAACAAAGAUGGUGCCAGGGAUUCUUUGCAAAUGAUGACAAAACCAAAGCAGAACCAACUUCCUCUUGUAACUGACUCAGAAGUGGCUUUGGUCAAUGCAUAUCUUGAACAAAGACGAGCGAGGCACCAUUCUGAAUUCAGCCGGGUGAAUCAGACACAACCUGACAGUGAUACUACUGAGUGUGAGAGUGAAGUAUCUAACUCGGGAGCCUCCUCUUGGAAGGAGAGUGAAAGUGAACACCACCAAUCACCAGCCAGUAUUAAGAAGAGAAAAAUAGCUCAGAGGCAAAGGAAUAUGGGAGGUUGCCAAAUCAGGGAAAGGCCCUGCCUCCACUGCAAAGCCAUGAGAACCAAUGAAUGGCUGACCCGCCAUUUCCUUCAAAACGCUUCGGUAACAACCCCAAUGCAGGGAGAUAUUCAAGAAUGAAAUUCUGGACCUGGUAUUAACAUAAAAUUCAGUAAAUUUUGAAUUUUAUCUAGUCCUUACCUUACUUGAAGCCAAAUGAAAGAGAUGAAUAAAACACAAAAAAUGACCAGAGCUCUAGGUGAGGAGGCUUUUACAAUAAAGUCUCUCUACUAACAACAAAAACAUUCUUGGAAUGCAAGAGAUAAAAUUUCAGAUAGGGCUUCCCAGGUGGCACAGUGGUUGAGAGUCCGCCUGUCGAUGCAGGGGACACGGGUUCGUGCCCCGGUCCGGGAGGAUCCCACAUGCCGCGGAGCGGCUGGGCCCGUGAGCCAUGGCUGCUGGGCCUGCGCGUCCGGAGCCUGUGCUCUGCGGCGGGAGAGGCUGCGGCAGUGAGAGGCCCGCGUACCGCAAAAAAAAAAAAAAAAUUUUCAGAUAAUUCUUUGUCCAAAAACAGACCAGUGAAUUUGUUUAUGGCACCAUUGGAGCAUCAAAGAUCUGUAUCCACUGUGAUUUUUUUUUAUUCAGAAGAGCACAAGACAGAUACUUUAUGCCUUGAGUGUAUGUAUUUUGUUUAUAUCUGUAAUACA